AUGCAUCCGACACAGUCGUCGCUGCUUCCGCCGCCAAAUCCCUCUAGCGCCCAUUCGUCGUCCGCUACCAGUCCCGUACAUAUUUCUAGAGACACAUCUCCCUUUACCGAUCUGCCCCACCCCGAUGCCUUGGAACUCGACGACUACACGAAGCAUCCCGAUCAAGACGACGACGACGAUUUCGCUUGGGACGACAACUACGACGAAGACGACAGAGGCAUGCCUUCGGAUCUACGACACACUGCAGACAGCAGGUCGCAUGCUGCUCCUCUCCUGACACCGGAGAACAAGCACCGCGACUAUGCCUCCCCGCCUGCGAGUGCUGCCCUCCGAGAACGUCGCUCACGUCUGCGAGAACGAGACCCCGAUGUGGCUGCCGCCCAGGCCACAAAGCAAAAGUACACCUAUGCUGCCGCCUUUCUCAUCCUCAGCUUGAUCUCCUUUACCAUCCAAACAGAGACGGCCGUCUACAUUCAACAUUCUUUACAUUGGAACAAAGCAUACUGCAUGCUGUACCUCACCCAUGGCAGCUGGAUCCUGCUAUGGCCAACACAACUAGCCAUUCUGCGCUUGCAGAAGCUAAACAUGCCGUGGGACUCCUUCUGGCGCAGACACAAGGCCAUCUUGAGGAGCACGGCUCAGAUGGUCGAGCAUCAAAGAUUGGACAUUCCACACCACAUGCAAAAGCAGUCACCUAUCCCAUACUUCCUCAAGAUGACUUCCAUGGUCACUUGCGCACUCACUGUCGCUGGCGGCAGUUGGUACGUUGCUGUCGAUCUGACCACCGCCUCGGACUUGACAGCCAUCUACAACUGCUCCGCCUUUUUCGCAUAUGCCUUUGCCAUCCCUCUGCUAGGAGAACACUUCAAGUGGAACAAGGUCUUUGCGGUAGGAGUUGCCAUCAUCGGUGUACUGGUAGUCGCAUACGGCGACGUCAGCCCCAGCAAACACGGAAGCAAGUCCGGUGGUGGCGCAGGUGGCCCUACAGCCCCAGAACCCGAAGAGGCCUCCAACCGUGCUCUCGGUAACCUUGUCAUCGGUGUUGGUAGCGUCCUCUAUGGCUUCUACGAGGUCUUGUACAAGAAGGUCGCUUGUCCACCAGAAGGCUGCUCACCCGGCCGCGGCAUGAUCUUCGCCAACACUUUCGGCUCCCUGAUCGGCCUUUUCACCUUGACCGUCCUCUGGAUCCCCAUCCCCAUCCUACAUUACACCGGCAUAGAAACCUUUGAACUUCCUACAGGAGAGGCAGCUUGGAUGCUUUUAAUCUCCGUCAUGGCAAACGCCACAUUCUCCGGCUCUUUCCUCGUUCUUAUUUCCCUCACCUCGCCAGUAUUGAGCUCUGUUGCUGCUCUGCUGACUAUUUUCUUGGUCGCCGUUGUGGAUCAAUUGCUUCCUCCUCCGCUCAACUCGCCUUUAUCGAGUGCUGCUGUUGCGGGUGGCUUGCUUAUUAUCGUGGCGUUCUUGUUGUUGGCGUGGGCUACUUAUAGAGAGAUGAUUGAAGAGAGGCGGAAAAAGGAGAGUGAGGCUGAGAUUGAGAGUGAUAUCGAGAGUGUCAUCUAG